CAGAUACAAGUUUAUGGUGAGUGGCCGACCGAUUGACCUCAUCGUGUCAGACUAACAUGCCAUGAUGAACGAACUCGGUCUUGCCUACUGGGCCGAGCGAGCCAUCGCCCACGCAGAGCCAUCCAGAACCACACACAGGAAUGAUAGGCCAUUCAUUGGCACGUCCGUCUGCCGUGUCUUCGACGGGUUUCCUCCCCUUCCUCCCGACGCUUUUGCCAGGCACCCAAGAUCAGGCCCAGGCGAAGGCGUCGAAGGAAGGAGAUGCAACCCGUCAAGGGACAACGGCAUAAGGCGCAAGAACCAGACUGGAGACCCUUGACCCCGUCAAUUCAUUGUCUCUGCGUCGAUGCGUUCGUGUUGCUGCUGUUCGCACAGCCGCCUUGACCCUGUGGCACACCCAGAGGUGAUUCUGGAUGCGCCACGAGGUCGGUGUAGCUUGUCGAUACCAGCAACGAGAACACAUGUACGGCUGAAUCCAUCCAUCCAUCAGCCCACCCUCCCUCUCUGAAGCUAGCUGUACAACCAGGCGUCCCCUCCCUCCCCUCCCCUACUCAGUCAGCAAUGGCAGCCAUCUGCCUGAAGGUGGCGUUGUUACGCAGCCUAGCGUAGUCCUUCAACUCGAAGUCGAAUCGGAUGCCCUUGCCCCGCUCCUCGGCGUGCGCCACCUUCCGCAGCGUGCCCAGGUAGAGGUAGGCCCCGCCCACCGGCCGGCAGAGCAGCAGCACGUGCAUGGAUGAGUCUUCGCGCAGCCGCCGCACCAGCGGGUGUGCGGGGCCGUACCGCUCUGGGGCGUACCAGUUGAUGUUCCGCCCCUUGUUGGUGAGCAGGUUGCCGUAGGCGGUGCAUGCAGAUGAGGAGCGGGGGGAGGGCUGGUGCUGCUGGUCGAGUGCGGGCAGGUUGAUGAAGAGGAUGGCGGCGUUCGUCAACCUGAGCAAGGCAGCACAUAGUGCGUACAACCAUGGACACACAACACGUCUCAGUUGUUCUUCUCCUCUUUGUGUGUUCGCGUCGUUGGUUACUCUAGGAUGCCGGCGUAUUUGUUGAAGCGCACAGGUCCGUUGCAGAGGAGUGUUAUGGCCUCUCGCUUGAGCUUGCCGACCUCGUUGCCCACGUGCUCAUUCAGACACGAAGGAUUCACCACCUGCAAUGCAAUGCAACACGACACACAUCAAUGAGACCAGACCUUGCCCGUGUUUGUGUAUGUUGCUCACAACGUUCUUGGCAGAUGGAGUGGCGCGCUGCACCCAUCCACACACACACACACACACACAGAGUCAUGCAGAGAAGCAUCCAACUUGGGCAUCCAAUGCGCUGAAUGCACGAAGCCCUCCCCCACCUGAAUGAAGAAGUGCCUGAUGUGGUCCACGAUCUCUAUGGGGACGGCCGCCAUGUCCGGGCUACGCAUCCAGGCCCACAGCAGCAUCAGCACAGGGCUGGGAGGAGGGGCAGGUGCGAGAGAGGAAGAGGCCGCUUCCCCCCGCCCAUUCUUCUGUUUCUUGGCCGCCGCCCCUCCGGCGCCUCCCUUGCGCUUUCUGGCCAUCUCAAAAGCUACCUCGUCA